CAGUUGAGCAUAUUCCAAAAUAUGAGGCCUGUGAAGAUCCUUGUUUCUUGUGUUGAGGCGUCACCGUCUGUCCAUUUUUAGAAAUACACACAUAUACAUACAAACAUUUUUGCACAAUCUUUAUCAAUUCCCUCCUUUCUCUGCCUUGAAAAACUCCAUCAGGUAUUUGGUGAGGAAGGAGGAAAAUAAGGGUUGAGCUUGAGCAAUUAAUAGUAGCAGAUAAAGCUUUACAGAGUUAUACACAGUUGGCAUUUUGAUAUAAGGCAAUAAGCAACAUUAAUUGGUCAAUAUAUUCCAAUCAAUACUAGAAGCCAAGGUUCAUGUCUGAGCUUGACAUCCAGAUCCCAUCAACCUUCGAUCCCUUUGCUGAGGCAAAUGCUGAGGACUCAGGUGCUGGCACAAAGGAAUACGUCCAUAUUCGCAUACAGCAGCGUAAUGGCAGGAAAAGCCUGACAACUGUCCAAGGGUUGAAAAAAGAAUUUAGUUACAAUAAGAUUCUUAAAGACCUGAAGAAAGAGUUUUGCUGCAAUGGUACUGUAGUUCAGGACCCUGAGCUCGGCAAGGUUAUCCAGCUUCAAGGUGAUCAGCGGAAGAAUGUUUCAACCUUCCUUGUUCAAGCAGGCAUUGUGAAGAAGGAACACAUCAAAAUACAUGGUUUUUAAGUUGUAGUGGUGGCAGCAUAUCAAUCUGCCUGACGUUGCAACUUCUCUUGUCUACAUCUUAGCGUUCUACCCGAUAUACUUAUAAUAUCGAUAUAUUGAACUAGUAGUCUAGUUCUAGUAUUGUGGAUUGUCCUGGAUUUGUUUUGCACUUUUUUGUGUCUAAUGCACAAGUGUCUAACUGUAAAACAUUCAGUGUUACAAGGCACUAUAUAACAAUGCCAUACCAUGUGGAACCUUUAAGGGUCAUUGACCUGUUACCAUCAUGUUUGUGUAAUAUAAUAAUAUUUUACUGCACAAGUUCAUGUCA